UGGGGUUACCCGGUAGUACUGUACUAGAUUUAGAAUAUAACCACCGAAUGUGUACUGCGGAAAAGACGAUGGAUGAUGGCCAAGAAAUAACCGUCAAGAAAAUUAUAUCAAAACUCAAUCAACGCGCGCCAAAACAAUUCGAACACUUAAGCAGAAAUCGUCAUAAAAUUGGGCAGACAGCUGGCUCGGUGCCAACACAAAAUCUUCUAGAUAGAAUAACAUUUGAAAGUGAACAUUUAAAGGGGAGCCAUAGCGAAAACUCUUCUAGAAGAAAUAGUGAUGACGGUGGACGAGCUAAGAAGCAGCGCAGAGGCGAUGGAACAAAUUCAGAGCCACCAACGGCUGGUAUAACCAAUUAUAACGCCUGGAACGAUAUAGCAAGCUCAUCUUCAACAACGAGAACUGAACUGAGUACAUCUGAUGAGGCUGUUAAUGAUCAUAUACAAAUCCGUCGUCAAAGCCACGACUCCGCAUUACCCAGCACCCCCAUCGACCGAUCAGCUUGGAGAUCAACUGACAGUCUCGCUCCCGAUUCAGCGUUUGGGACAUCUCUUGCAGAUAUCAUGGAGAGUCCAGCUAACAAGAUACAUCUUCGGGAAGACUUGAGAUCCAGAGACAGUUCAGAGGAACGAAGAGCUAGGAUUAAUUGGAGAUUAGUGAGGAAUAUUACUUCUGCAGCCGGGGCUUUCCUUAAACGAGAUACGCCCGCUUUACCCGGCACGCCGUUACCUAGUUUUCAGUCAACAUCAAACAGUCAAAAUUCUAACUACCCUGAAGAAAGGAAACCUUCGGUUGCAAACUCGUUACCGAACACUUCGGCGCAUAACUCAACCGCGCACAGCUCUGCGCAUGAUUUUGCACAAACUCCUUCUGAACCAAAUAAUAAUAAUAAUGAAAAGGAUCGUAUCGGCGAAACAAGCCCAGAGGGCUUAGAUCCAGAUUCAUUGAUGUUUCGAGACGGCAGACGUCGUAUAGACAUGGUUCUAGCGUAUGAAGAAGAGGAUUUCGGGGUAAUGACUGAAGCAGAAGCCAAGAAGAGAGAUCAUAGAAAAACAUUUCAGGAAAAUCUAAUAAAAGAAGGUCUAGAGUUAGAAUUGGAAAACAAAUGCCUAUCAUUCGACGGGAAAACGUGGUUCCUAAAGAUACACAUACCCUGGAAGACGGAAAUGAGACUAGCUGAAGUAAUCGGGAUGAAGUUACCGACGAAGAGAUUCAUCACCAUAUCCGUAAGAGCGUGGAGCGAAGAAGCACAAGCUGAAAGAGACAAAAAAUGGUACACAAAAUGGCGUAGAAAAUGGAAAGAUUUGUACGAAUACGAGCAUACGAGAAUCGAACCGGAACCUUCGUUUUACACCGCCACUGAAAAGCAAGGUGUGAAAAGGGAAGAACAGUUUUUAGUAAAAGACAGAUACAUGCAGUUCUCGCCCGCGCAGCGCAGUUACCUCGUUAUGCAGAUACUUCUCAGAGUUAGAUACGACAACAAUGAGAUUAAGAUGGGUAUCCGUAGAUUACUGAAUGAUGGAACCUAUUUGGCUUGUUUCCCAUUACACGAAGGUAGAUAUGAUAUGGACAUGGAAGAUAAGAUGCAAACGGAUCGAAGGCUACUAUACUUAGAAUGGGCGCGUCCUUGCAAAUGGUAUAAAAAACAACCGCUAUGGCUUAUAAGGCGAUACUUCGGCGAGAAAAUAGCAUUAUACUUCUGCUGGCUCGGCUUUUACACCAAGAUGUUGUACGCGCCGGCCAUCGUUGGUACACUGUGCUUCUUAUACGGUCUAGCCAGCAUGCACUCUAGCGAUAACAUUCCUAGCAAAGAAAUAUGUGACACAAGUGGACCAGGGAAUACUACACUUUGCCCGCUCUGCGACAAGGCUUGCCAGUACCAGAGUCUAUCAGACUCUUGUCUCUUUGCUAAACUGACUUACUUAUUUGACAAUCCAGCGACCGUAUUCUUUGCUAUAUUCAUGUCAUUCUGGGCAACAACGUUCCUUGAACUUUGGAAAAGGAAACAAUCGAUUUUGAAAUGGGAGUGGGAUUUAGGGAGUGUUGACCAAGAUGAAGAUCCACGUCCAGAAUUCGAGACAUCGGUGAAGACAUUCCGAACUAACCCAGUGACCAGGGAAAAGGAACCAUACCUCCCAGCUUGGCAAAAGACCAUGAGAUAUGUGGCCACAAGUUCAGCUGUUUUAUUUAUGAUAACCGUUGUGAUGGGAGCGGUGCUGGGUACAAUUAUAUAUAGAAUAUCAAUGGUGUCGGUGAUUUAUGGUGGCAGCGGAUUCUUUUUAAAGAGACACGCGAAAAUUUUCACCGCCAUGACCGCGGCGUUGAUCAACUUGAUCAUGAUUAUGAUUCUCACGCGGAUCUACGCUAAAGUAGCAGUUUAUUUAACAAAUGUGGAAAAUCCAAGAACGCAGACUGAGUAUGAAGAUUCUUAUACGUUUAAGAUAUUCUUUUUCGAAUUCAUUAACUUCUACUCAUCUUUAAUUUACAUCGCCUUUUUUAAGGGUCGCUUCUUCGAUUAUCCAGGUGAUGACCAAGCGAGGAAAUCAGAGUUUUUCAAACUUAAAGGCGACAUAUGCGAUCCAGCUGGUUGUCUCUCUGAGCUCUGCAUACAGCUCGCGAUCAUUAUGAUUGGGAAGCAGUGCUUCAAUAACUUCGUCGAGCUGGGUUACCCCAAGCUCCACAACUGGUGGCGGCGCCGCUCGCACCGCGCCGUGACGCGCGACCGCAGCAAGCCGCACAUGGCGUGGGAGCAGGACUACCACCUGCAGGACCCCGGCCGACUGGCGCUCUUCGACGAGUACCUCGAGAUGAUCCUGCAAUACGGUUUCGUAACGUUAUUCGUAGCAGCCUUUCCCCUCGCCCCACUCUUUGCCUUGUUGAACAACAUCGCGGAGAUCAGGCUCGAUGCGUACAAGAUGGUGACUCAGGCGAGGCGGCCUCUUGCUGAACGAGUCGAAGAUAUUGGUGCUUGGUACGGAAUUUUACGUGGCAUAACGUAUGCCGCUGUGGUUUCUAACGCUUUUGUCAUAGCAUACACUAGCGACUUCAUACCUCGUAUGGUAUACAAGUAUGUUUAUUCCCCUGACAACACCUUGGUUGGAUACAUCGACCACUCAUUGUCGUUAUUCAACACAUCGGAUUAUCGAGAAGAGUGGGGCGCUGAUGAGAACGAAAUCGAUCCACCUGUUUGCGCGUAUCGGGGAUACCGUAACCCUCCUCACCACGCCGACCCCUACGGCCUCUCACCACACUACUGGCAUGUAUUCGCAGCGAGGUUGGCUUUCGUCGUUGUAUUUGAGCACGUGGUGUUCGGUCUGACGGGCUUGAUGCAGCUUCUCAUACCGGAUGUGCCGACGGAAUUGAAGAUACAAAUGCAAAGAGAAGCCCUGUUGGCUAAGGAGGCUAAAUACGAACACGGCAGACGACGCCUCUCUACGGAGUACAGGCAGCUCAUCAGCCAAAGCAACGAUAGCAACGCGGACAAGGCAGCUGGCAGUCAGCCACCUCGCUGGCAACGACGCACUUCUCGCGCCUCUGACGCCCUUGACGCACAUGUGCCUCUCACACCAACUGCUUAAACUUUUUGUAUAAUAUUUCAUUUAAAUCUUAUUUAUUUUGAUUGGUAUAAAUAUAGAUAGAUAUACAUAAUAAUUUAUGAUAAAUGUGUAUUUUUCAUACAUAAAUAUUAUACGCACAAUUUAAGUUGGCCGGCCUGAAGUUAGUUUCUUAGUUAGUUAGUUAGUAGCACCACAAACCUUGGGAACUAAGAUGCUAUGUCCCUUGUGACUGAAAUUACACUGGCUCACACUUAAAACGAAAUAAUAAGUAUUGCUGUUUGGCGUUAGAUUAUAUGAUGAUAAUCUACCCAGACGGGCUUGUAUGAAGCCCUACCACUAAAUAUAAAACUAAAAAUCAUUGUCUCGAAAUGUGUAAUUUCCGGCCAACUUAAAUUGCACCUAUUGUACUUUGUUUGAGCUAGCAUUAAGCCGGCGAACUGAUAAACUAGCUCUCUCAUACACACAGAUUACAUAACUAAAAUUCUAAAGUAUAACGUCCAAAAAACUUUUCCAUUGGGCAGAAUGACAUUCUUAAUUGAAUGAUAUUUAAUAAAUUGCAUAUUUGCCAAUGAAAACGCCGAAAAUUUACACAAAUAAUUCCUAUUUCGAAUAAUAUUAGUUUAAUUUUAGUAUAAAAUAAAUUUAGGGUCCAAUUUUUACAAUUAGGCUUGUAAUCUUUAAAUCCGUCUUAUUAAUAAAAGAUAGUCACUCAAAUCAUAGGUUGUCUCUUUCACUCUUAUUAAUCGUCUAAUAUGUCUAUGGUAUUAUAGUGUGUGUAGAUAAAAAUAUUAUGUAAACAAAUAUGCAUUGUCUUAAGUGUUUGUAUUUAUUAAUAAGACGGUAUUUUCUAGUCAAUGUGAAAUAGCUACUAGAUAUUACUUAUAACAUAAGUUGUAUAUAAAGAAUUAUUAUAAAAAUGCUAAUGUUAGAUUAUCUAGAACAUUCGAUAUAAUAUUGAAAUUCUUAUCGCUAAGAGAUUGCGUUCCUGACAUCUGUUAGUUGGUUACAAUAAACAAAAAACCGUUGUCAUUAACGUUAUAGCGAGACUUCGGAAAUGUUGUUUAUUUUAUUUUAAUUUGUUAUUUAUUUACUUAAUACAAUUAUGAUAUGAGAAUUAUGUAGAUAUUUGUUGAAAUUUGACAAUGAUAUAACUGAUUAUUAUUCAAUGGUAGGGCAAUUACGUUAAUAUUUUUAUAAAAAAUAUUUUAGCCCACAAGGACCUGUCAAGAACGCAUUGUCUCAACCAGACUUAAUUACUGUAUAAUUAACUUCUAUCACUGCUUUAAAUAUUCAGUUCUUGUAAAUUACUUUGAAUUAAAAAAUAUUUAGUUAUGUAUAAUCUAUGUGUCACGAAAAUAGAUAAUUAUUUUAUACUCAUUAAAACAAUUAUUAUUCUUAUUAAUUUAAACAAAACAUUCCAAACUUUGUUUUUUUCAUUAUAGAUUGUUUUUUUUUUCUAUUUUUAACGGCUUUGGGUGUAAGUUUUGUACAGCCUUGGCGUAGAGGUUUCUUUGUAAAUGAGGUUAUAUAUUUAAAAUUUGCAUAUCAUAAAACUUAAUUGAGAAUGCUAUAUGUAAACUUAUGAGACCGGCGAGUAUUCAGGCACUGGAAAUUAAGUAGAAGGUAUUCUGACUUCGUGACCACGAUAUAGCUCGUGGUCACCAACCACGUGGUGAUUGGACCGACACGGGAUUUGAUCUUAGGGAGUCGGAGAACGCAACAACAUAACUCAAAUAAACAGAGGAGUCUGUUAAGAAACACAAUAUGAAUUGACUGUAUAUUUCAACACAGAUUCUAAAUGACAUUUUAAAGAUCUGACUAAUGGUAGGAGGUUGUACAAGCCAAGAACCACUAAGUACGGUUUAACGCCAAGGGCAAGUGAGUAAUAACUUAGCCAGGCGUUUUAUAUUUAAUUGUGUAUUUUAUAUCAUUUAAAAAUAAUUUACCAAACGUAGGCUCAUUUGCCCGAAAGCCUUUUAGAUAAAAUUUUAAAACCAUUACCAUAUAUAUUUAUUUGUAGAAUAAGUAGAAUAUACUUAGAUCAUAAUUACAUUCAGGGCCGGAUUUAGGGGUACGGGUUAGAUAAAAUGAAAAAAAGUAUAAUCUUUGUAUUAAAAUCCUUUUAUUGUACAUAGAUACGUUUGUUAAAAUAAUUUAAUUGUUUACGCAAUAAAUUAUUAUUAUUGAAAAUACUCGAAUGAAAGAUUCAAUUUAUUUGGAAAGUAAUUAGAGAACUCAACCACUUUGUUGCCCCGGGAGCUAAAACCUCUAAAUCUAGCUCUGUCUAUAUUGUAUUAUGGAGUAAAGGAAGAAGAAAAGAAUUUAUGUCACUUAGCCAUAAAAUCUAAGCCUAGUAUAUAUAAGCUAUUUAAGAAUUUAUAAGUAAUAAACGUUUUAUUUGUUUGUCUAAAACACGUCCAAACGGUUUUUUAUUCUUUCUUAUUAUAAAACAUAAUAUUAUGAUAAGUUUUUGUAGUUUAACAAAACGAAACGACAGUAUUGAUUAUAAUAACGUUUAUAGC